AUGCGCCAAAGAAGAAGCCUGAGGUCUUUGGCACAGGUCCCAAAGCCUGAAGACGUCGUUGGAGAGAUUUGGCAGAAAUUAGAGGUGCGAUUCCGCUUGGCUGAAGAGCUGUGCAACUUCUCAGAAGGCUACUUGACGUGCCUUCAGCUUAAGGCAUUCUUUGACACCGGUGUGCUCACAGUUCCCUUGCCAGAUGUGUUCAAGUGUGGCAUUGGCAGCAUCGAUGACGAAAGGUACCUACUCAGCCUGAUCUCCACUGUCAGGGAACUCGAGCGCUUUGCAGUUGGCAGGGCGCGCGUUCUGGACCUUCCAUCGAUUCGUACAGCCUGGACCGUGGCGCAAUGUGUCGAGCAGGCGAUGCUUCAGUUUGAUUUUCGCAACAGCGGCGCCCUUCGGCAACGCUACGACUCCCUGAAGUACGUGGUGAAGCGGUGCCAGGGGAGGGCCGGUGCACGCUUGCAGAAGCAAUGCCUUAGUCAUAUCGAGCCAUUUGCGGCCUUCUUCCUGAGUGGAAGAUAUGCAGGUGAAGUCAACGAAGCAAACCCCAUGGGCUCCAAGGGGCAGCUCGCCGAGACCUUCGCAGAACUGCAGAAGGUUCUUUGGCAGAGUGAACGUCCAGCCCAGAAUCCUGGUGAGAUAAAGCGGCGACUGGCAAAGAUAGCUCCUCACUUGUUCCAGGGCUAUGAGCAGCAAGAUGUUCAGGAAUUUCUCGCAUUUUGCUUGGAUGGCUUGCACGAGGACCUGAGCCGAAUCAGCGAGGCUCCGCCUGCACGGACAGAAGCUGAAGAACAGGCAGAUGAACGUAGCUGCAUUGGCAAGUCAGAAGAAUUUGCUGCCGCCCUUGCGUGGAUGCGAUACUUGGAGCGCUCCAAGUCAUUCCUGGUGGAUUUGAUGCAGGGGCAGCUCAGAUCCUGCCUGUGCUGCAUGCAGUGUGGCCAUCGGUCCAGGAAGUUUGAGCCGUUCAUGUACCUCUCAUUGCCGGUGACCCAAGAGAUGUCAACCGUUUCGGACGCAAUGCGCGAAUACACCAAAGAGGAGGUUCUCUCUGGCAAUGAGCAAUGGUUCUGUGAAAAAUGCAAGGCCAAAGUCGACACUAAGAAGAAGAUUGACCUGUGGCAACUUCCGCCAGUCUUGGUCAUCCACUUGAAGCGCUUUGAGUUCGACGUGCGCUCUGGCUACUUCCGGAAGAUCAACACACCCUUAGCCUGCGACUUGACCAUCGACCUUUCUGGCUUUUGUUCAUCCACCCAAAGGCAGGGUGCUUUGUAUUCAGUCGCGUGUGUUGCAAACCAUUCUGGUGCCUACGGAAUGGGACACUACACUGCAACCUGCCGUGUCGGAGACCAAUGGUACAAAUUCAACGAUGAAAGGGUGUCUCGACAACCCCCUGAUGAGCCUGUGGUGGGGAACAGCGCCUACGUUCUUUUCCUUGUGCGGCGGUCUCUCGAGGACGGGUACUACUCUGCCGGGCACAACUCACCGUUGCUCAAGCAGCAGACGAUGAAUAUGCCAGAGCUUUGGCCACAUCAGCUCUCGCAGGACUUCUCCAGCCUCAUGAAGCUGCGUAGGGAUGAACCUGCGGAAGGAGCCAUCAGCAACGAGAAACCAUUAUACGUGAUGAAGCUUCCAACACUGCCCUACAACGGACACGACGAACUAAAAUCAGACAACGGUAGCAGUGAUGAGGAUGUGGAGACGCCUGUGUGUGGUAGCUUCGGCGGCUGGGGCGGAUGGUCACUUCGCCACCAAAGUGGCGAACGGAACGUCCUGUUGACCGAACGGUUGCGUGGAGACGGACCGCGUUGGCCCCUUGGGCUGCUUGAAUUCGUGGAUUCAGAGCUCGGGGAUGGAGCUACCGAGCCACCGAGCGGAGAUGCAGUCCCAUGCAGUUGGUAUCAGGAUGACGUGGAAGUGCAGCUUCAGGGCCUGCUGAGGUCUGCAGAACCUGACGGAGAAGCACUUGUCAAGGCAGUGGACCUUGGCCUGUUGAACAGCAUCAAGGAGCGAUACGACAAUUUCACCGACAUGCGAGAGCAGGUCAUCAAGCGCUCUCGGGACAUCGGCAAGGGCGCCAAAAAUGCUGUGUAUGCCCUUCAGCGCGCAGACUACCCCAAGGCGGAGGUUUAUCUAUCACACUGUGCCAAAGAGGCCAGUACAACUUUCAAGGAUUUUAUUUCAGCAGCGCCGAACCUGCGGCCUGUCGGCUUUAGCGCUGCUUUGGAAGAGAUGGCCGAGGCCGUUGCCUACCGCGCCUUUCUAAAGGACAGUCGAAUCUUGAAUAAAGCAGAGUUGCAUGUUUCUUUCUGA